CGGUAUUUGUUCGAAUUUACAAAGAGAAACUAACAUGUCGAUCAAACUAGCUUUUAUAAAACGUUAAAAUCUGUUUGUGUCUGUUCAUUGUGCAUGUCAAACACGUUUCCCACAAGUCGCAAAGAUGUCUACGAAGAACGCCAGCUCCAUCCAGGUCUGCAUCAAGGUGCGUCCCUGCGAGCCCGGGCUCACUUCACUCUGGCAGGUGAAGGAGGGCCGCUCCAUCCAGUUGGCGGACAGCCAUGCGGAGCCCUAUGUCUUCGACUAUGUGUUCGACGAGGGCGCCAGCAACCAGGAGGUGUUCGACCGGAUGGCCAAGCACAUAGUGCACGCCUGCAUGCAGGGCUCCAACGGAACUAUUUUUGCCUACGGCCAGACGUCGUCGGGCAAGACGUACACCAUGAUGGGCGACGAACAGAAUCCGGGCGUCAUGGUGCUAGCCGCCAAGGAGAUCUUUCAACAGAUCUCCAGUGAGACGGAGCGGGACUUUCUGCUGCGCGUGGGCUACAUCGAGAUCUACAACGAGAAGAUCUACGAUCUGCUGAACAAGAAGAAUCAGGACCUCAAGAUCCAUGAGUCCGGCAAUGGGAUUGUGAAUGUGAACUGCAAGGAGUCCAUCGUAACCAGCGAGGACGACCUCCUGCGCCAGCUCUACAUGGGCAACAAGGAGCGCGUCGUGGGCGAGACCAACAUGAACGAGCGGUCCAGUCGUUCGCACGCCAUCUUCAGGAUAAUCAUUGAGUCCCGAAAGUCGGACCACAGUGAUAACGACACCGUAAAGCAGAGCGUACUGAGCCUGGUGGAUCUGGCUGGAUCCGAACAGGUGGACCCCGCGGACCACGCAUCCAGCCUUAUGAUUUUUCGCAACUUGGUUAAGAGCCUCUCCGAGAGUGUAGAUAGCAAGCCGAAUAGCUUUCGCGAUUCGAAACUUCCGCGCAUCAUGCUGCCUUCGCUGGGUGGAAAUGUUUUGACCUCUAUCAUCUGUACAAUUACGCCAUCGUUCGUGGAGGAGUCGUCAUCCACUAUAAGCUUCGGCACGUGUGCCAAAAAAAUUCGUUGCAAGCCGCAGGUCUGCAAGAUAGACUCUGAAACCACGAUGAUGAGGCAACUUGAUCGCGGGAUCAGUAUGUUGAAGGAUAAGCUUGCUAAGAAGAAGAUCAAGAAUGAGAGCCAGCUGGUAUUGCAGGAAUUGGAAGGUCGCAUCAAGCGCGACAUGUUGAAGAUCGUUUCCAGCGCCUCGCUUGACGACUAUCGCCUCCAGAAGCGUCGUCGUACUUGGACUUUAACCGCCUCAGGCUCAGAAGGCGACGCUCCUGUUCUCGCAUUGCCUGAGCCAGAGGAGUCCCGUCUACCGCGUCCUUCGAAGCUGACUAACCUGCCGAAACCCUUGUUUCAGCGGCGGGGGAUUGCUCCCAAAGCCAAAGGCAUUUGUAAAACCCUAAAGGAGAAAAGGUUACAAACGGAUAAUAUGGACACUAUGCCUGGCCGGGCGAAACAGUUGGGAAGAGAGACAGCUAGCAGAAUUCCUUCAGUAAUGAUGUCAAAAAAGUAUCAGGAGUCGGUGCCGAACUGCGAUGCCCCGCAGACCGAGAUCUCUGCGCUUACUGCAUCCAACCAGGUAGCAAAGGAGACGAUCGAGAAGUACGAGGAGCAGGUGAAGAGGCUAAAGGAGACAAUUGAGCGGCUGGAGAUGGAGAACGGCAAGGCAGUCAAUCUAGGGGAGCAAUUCGAAACACACAAGGCCAAGUCGAAGCAAAUGGAGGAAGAACUUCUCUCCUCCAUCUCCGAAAAAGAUUCGACCAUAGUAAGUCUGCAACAGUCCCUUGAGGAGCUAUCUCGGGAUGUGUUGCGAAACAGCAAGGAGGAUCAAAUGCGAUCCAUGUGCCCCGAGCUUGAGUCCAGCUGCGAGCGGAUCUGCAACAAGUGCCUGGAGUUGGAACGGCUACUGCCCCUAGCGAGUGCCUCAGGACUGGACUCAGUCGCCUGCCAGUUUGAUCAGUUGCGAUCGGAGAUUGCUGCCACCCGUAUGAAGUUGGAAAGUAUGCUGUCUACUUUCAGCCAUGCAAGCUGUGAGGUAUCACAAAAGACCACUGAUUGCAAACGGCUCUCCGAACAGAUAUCCACAGCGCAUGAUGACUUUGGACAAUUGCAGGAAAAGUACAACAACCUGAAGCAUAAGUGGUCUAGUCAAAAGCUGGCCAUUGAUACCAUGCAGGUUGACUACAAUACUAUACAGCAAAAGUACCUACAGCUGCAGGACGAGUAUAGGCAUCUGGAACUCAGAUCGGAUGAACAGUGUCAGCAGCUGCAGGAUGAAAAUUCUAAACUGCAAGCCGAGAUUGGAACUCUCAAGGAGCGAGUGGAGGAGAUCCAUAGUGAGCUAUUAGAAGUUCCCAAUCCGGAUACUCAUCCAGAAGAUAUGGAGCUACAAAAUCAAGAGCUGAAGAAGCGCCUCUCCAAGUUGCAGUGGGAGUUUGACGAGAUCCAACUGAAUUACGAAUGUCUAUCCAACGAAUUGAUGAGUACUAUUCAAGAGUGCGAUGCACUCCGAGAGGAGCACAAGCAACGAACAACGAACUCCGAUUUGGAAUCCAUGAAGAGUUCGGGUGUAGGCACUGAGUGCAGUGAUCCGGAAAACGAAUUGGACACUGAUCUGCUGCAACAGUUCACCAAGCUGUCGAAGUCCAUCCAACAGAUUGAGCUCACCGACUACUCCGGUGGCAGGCGCCUCUUUAUAUAUAACCAUGCCGAACAGGAUCAAAGCGUGCCAAGCCUAAAACUUUGCCUUGAGCCUGCUAAGUAUUUAGAGGGUGAUGGUAAACAACAUGAUGCAUCCGACUCCGUAUUCCUUAAAGGCUUUCUGAAAUGCCAAAGAUUUCAGAUUGUCAAAAUAAAUCAGGAACAGAAUUUGGUGAAAGAGGAAGACCGAAUGCGUGAUAUCAUUUUCCAACUGAAACAAGAAGUUGACGGGAAAAAGAAUCUAAUUGAGGAAGAGAAAGAAGUUAUUAACAAUUUGCGUGCACAAAUUACCAGCCUGAAUCAAAUCGAAACUAUAAAAAAUCAAAAUGCCAAGACAAAAAUAUUGUGCGAGGAGUUGCAGACUAAAGAUACCGUACAGACCGCUAACAAGCAGGAAUCUCAGGAAGUCCUUACUCUCAAGACAUCCCUUGCACAUCUGAAGUCCAAGGUGUGUGAACUGCAGAAAAAACUUGAAAAGCAGUCAGAGGACGAAAAAAUAUCCGAACUGCAGUCGGAUAUUGGAGAAAUAAGCGAGUGUUGCUUAUCCAUGGAACUGAAGCUAGCAGACAUUGUAAAUUGGCAGGCGGAGGAGUUGCGCCCUCUAGAUCAGCUUCAAGAAAGCGGUGUCGAACUGCAGCACCAUAGUACCACAGCUGAAGAAUCUCUAAAUGUUGAGAAGCCUAUCCAGGAACAAACUGAACGAACUCUUACCACCGAAUAUGAACGCCGAAUCGAGCAACUUGAAGAAUCAUUACAAAGGGCACAAGAGGAAUUAAGUAUUCUGGAGAAGCGAAAGACAGAUGAGAACAAAAGCCUUCAGCUUGAGUACAUGGCGAAAAUUGAGACGAGCGAGAAUGAAAACCGCUCCAAAUUCCGUGCAUACUGCCUGGAUUUAAAGGAAACCCAGAAACGCUACGAAGAGCAGCUACAGCAGACCAAUGAAAAGCUCGCCAGUGUUACGACUCAGUGUCAGGUGCAUUUGGAUGUCAUUAAAAGAUCUCUUCAAGAAAAGAUUACUCAGGCCGAGAAGGAAAGAAACGAAUUGGCUGUCCGACACAAGGCAGAGCUUGAAAAAAUCAGGGAAACGCUGAAGGAGAAGGAAUCUUCUUACAAGGAGAAACUAAGGCAAGCGGAGGAGGAGCGCGAUAAGGAAAUUUCUAGGCUUGAGGUGAUGCGAAACACAAUAGCAGAGCUGCAUAAAACGAAUUCUGAUCGGGAAGUGGAACUCGAGGGAGUGAAAAUGGAAAAAUGCCAACUUAAGAAGCUGUACGACAAAAGCAUGUUGGAGCUAGAACAACUGCAAUGCACUGCCGACCAGAAAAGUUCGGAUUUGCUGCCAGGCUCGUCGAACGAGAACAUCGAUGACCUGCAAAAGAAGUGCGAUCAAUAUGUUCAGGAUUUGGAGCUGUUGAGGGGCGAGAAAGCAGAACUGCUAUCGGAGAUCCAGAAAAUCAACGGACAGCACUCGAAUACCAUAAAAAAACUUGAGGAAAUCGAAGCGGAAAUGAUUACACUAACCACUCAAAAGGAGUUGGAGAGGUGUGAAAUUGCAGAAAAGCUGGAGACUUUCAAGUCCAAGGAGGCAGAUAUCAAAGAAGCUCUGCACUGUGCCCAGCUCAGGCUUCAUGCCUACGAUAAGCUGGUGUGCGAGUACGAGCGGCUAAAAGGCUGUCUUUCGGAUUCAAAUAAGUUGUCGGAAAAUCUGCAGAAGAAAGUGGAGCGUUUGCAUGCUGAACAGCUUGCUUUACAAGAAGGAAUUUCCGGCCGAGAUUCAGAGAUUAAACAGCUUCGCUCUGAGCUCAAGGACGCCAUUGAUGAAAAUAAAACAGUGAGAGAAGCAAAAGUAGGCCUGGAAAAUAGUCUUAAAGCAGUACAGGAAAAUAUGUCUGCCCAGGAAGGUCAGUUUAAACAAAAGAUUGCUGAUAUUAAGGGUUCAGUAGACGAGCUUCAGAUUAAACUAAAAUCUCUGCAAGAAGUAAGAGACCAUCUAGAGUCUAGAAAUGAAGAGCUUAAAAGAAAGCUAAAAGAUGCUCAGGAACUACAGAACAUGGUGGAUAAGGAGCGAAAGCUCAAUUCCUCUCUACGAGAAGAUUUUGACAAACUGGAACAAACCAAACUCGAUCUCGAAGAGCAGCUUCGAGCCAAGAAAGUAGAAAUCGAUCGCCGAUCCAAGGAGCUUGGCGAAGUGACCAAGGAUUGCGAAAAUAUACGAUCCGAUCUGGAAGCUCAAACUAAUGAUUUCCUAAAAGAAAGGGAAACUUUGAACUUGACUAUAUCCGAUCUUCGGUUGCAUAAUGAGCAAUUGCUAGAAACCUCGAAAAAUUAUCUAUCAGACAUAACAGCAGCAAAUAAUUUAAAUCUCGAAAUGAAGAAGAAUCUUCACGAUCUCACAAAAGAGUGCAAGAGCUUACGUUCCGAUCUGCAAUCCAAAGAAGAAUAUUUCCAAACGCAAAAGCAACUGUUGGAUGAAACAAUUUCUAAUCUAAAGGAGGAAAACCGCAAGAUGGAGGAAAAGUUGAGUUCGGGUAACAAGGCGCUCAAAGAGGAUUGCGAAAAGCUCCGUUCAACAUUGGAAUCAAAGGAACUUAUACUGCAACAGAAUAAACAAGAGUUAGAGGAAAGGCUGACUGUUAUUAAUGAGAAGAAUGGGAAAAACGCACUACUUGACGCCCAGUUGAAAUCCAAUGAAACCGCCUUUACAUCACUGCGAAAGGCAUGGAUUAAGCAAAGUUUAGCCAUAGAAGCGGCCAAUAAAAGAAGCCUCGAGAUGGAACAGAAGGUUGAUAAACGUACGAGGGAGUACGAAGAACUACGAUCAACUCUGAAAACCAGGGAAAUCAACUUUCGAUCGGAGAAGGAACGCAUGGACGGCACCAUCUCUAGCCUGUUAGAAGACAAGCGUAAUCUUGAGGAGAAGUUGUGCACAGUCACCGAGCUCCUGGCUAAGCUAAAGCGCGAACUGCCGGCUUUACACACGCAAAAAGUGAACGGAGGCGAUGUGUCCAUUGAGUUGAAUUCCUCGAAUGGAUCGCCGACUCCUGCAGCUGUUCCAGCAACAAAGAAGCCCCUGGACUGCAAUUCCGCUGAAUGUGUGCCAAAGAAAUCCAGCAGCCUAGAGACUGCGGAGCGGAAGAAUCGACGGAUGACGGCCUACGAUGAGAACCGUAAGCAGUUUUGCUGAAACGACUUACGUGACGGCGGAACUACGACCGUUCCUUUAGGUGGCAAUUGCCACUGCGAGCAGCGGAGCUGCAAACAAAGACUGAGUUCGGACUGGAGGCAAAACGUUGAGUUCAACGAUGAUAAAAAAGAUGAUUAAUGUUAUCCAAGUAUUAGGGAUUUCUUUUGUUAGGUGUUAUCUUGCAAACGGUGGAAUUCCACAUCAUAAAGUUUUCUAUUUAUAUUUACGCCCUAAGUAUUUGUCAAAUACUAUCAAUACAAAAAUUACAAAAACAAUCGUGAUCGUAGUAUUUAAAUUUAAAUCUGUAUUAUGCUGGUUUUUGUUUAAUAGUUAAAUUCGAUAAAUAGUUAAAUAUUGUUAAUUAAGAAAUGUUUCCUUCAUCAUGUGUAAUAAUAUUUGGUUCAUAUGUAUAGCAUUGAAUAAACUAUUUACAUUUUCUUAAUGUU